CGCGAAGACACGCGGGAGUCUGAGGCUCUGAUUGUUGUCGCUUCGGUUGUCCUGGCGAAGUUUAUCUCGUCGUUGAGAGCUUUGAAAUGGCGGAUUCCCAAGAAGAGAAACUGUACAAAGCAGAAUAUGCCAAGAGCGGCCGCGCGUCGUGCAAGAAGUGCAAACAAAACAUCGAGAAAAACUCGCUGAGAAUGGCCAUCAUGGUGCAGUCGCCAAUGUUCGAUGGCAAGGUCCCACAUUGGCAUCACUUCUCCUGCUUCUGGCUGAGAGCAGCAGCUCAGAGCCCCGCCGACAUUGCCGGCUUUUCUGACCUCCGCUGGGAAGACCAGGAAAAGGUCAAGAGCGCCAUUGAUGGCGGCGGAGCAGCUACUGGAGGAAAAGGAGAACAGAAAGGUGGCAGUAAAGAAGAGAAGACGCUGAACGGCUUUGCGGUGGAAUACGCCAAAUCAAAUCGUAGCACUUGCAAAGGUUGCGACAUGAAGAUAGAAAAGGAUCACAUCCGCGUAUCGAAGAAAACGGUGGACCCAGAGAAGCCCCAGCUGGGCCUGAUCGACCGCUGGUACCACACGGCGUGCUUCGUGGGGCGCAGGGAGGAGCUGGACUUCAAGCCCGAGUACAGCGGUGCUCAGCUAAAGGGGUUCAACGUGCUGCGCACGGAAGACAUGGAGGAGCUUAAAAAGAGGCUCCCUGCAGUCAAAUCAGAAGGAAAGCGCACAUGCGAAGAAGUGGAUGGAGUCUCAAAGAAACAGAAGAAGGCAGAUGAGGAGGAGGAAAAAAAGUUGGAAGAGCAAUUGAAGAACCAAAGCAAGCUGAUAUGGGGAAUUAAAGACAAGCUAAGGAAGUUUUGUUCAACCAAUGACAUGGAGGAGCUUCUAAUUGCCAAUACGCAAGAGCCUCCCUCAGGAGAAGCCAACGUGGUGGACAUGUUGGCCGACGGCAUGGCUUUUGGUGCUCUGGAGGCCUGCAAGCAGUGCUUCGGCCAGCUGGUGUUUAAGGGGGAUGCUUAUUACUGCAAGGGGGACAUCUCGGCUUGGACCAAAUGCGUAUACAAAACAACAAAGCCCGCGCGCAGUGACUGGGUCAUGCCCAAGGAAUUUCAUGAAGUCCCCUUCCUAAAAAAGUUCAAGUUUAAGCGACAGAACAGGCUUUACCCAAAAGAAACCCCCUCUCAAACGGUGCCUGCAGUCAAAGCCGAACCUCUGGCGAGUGUCUCCAGCGCCCCCUCUAAGCCACUCCCAGAGGGUGGAUCCUCAGAAAAACCUCUCACUGGUAUGAAACUGUUGACUGUGGGCAAACUGACCAAGAACAAGGACGACAUAAAAACCGCCGUGGAAGAAAUGGGCGGCAAAAUUAGCGCUUCAGUCUCAAAGGCCACACUCUGCAUCAGCACUAAGAAGGAAGUAGAGAAGAUGGGCAAAAAAAUGGAGGAAGUGAAGGACGCCGGGGUGCGCGUUGUGUCUGAAGAAUUCCUCACGGACAUCAAGUCGUCGGGCAAGGCUGUGCAGGAGCUGGUCUCUUUGCACGUCAUCUCGCCAUGGGGAGCGGAGGUCAAAGUGGAGGCGCCGGCCCCACCUGCGGCCUCCAAGUCUAAAGCCAUGGCUUCCAAGAGCACCGGUAGAGUAAAGGAGGAAGGAGGUGGUAGCAAAGCCAAGAAGCUGAAACUGACAGUCAAAGGUGGUGCUGCUGUGGAUCCAGACUCAGGUCUGGAGAACAGCGCUCACGUGCUGGAACAGAAUGGGAAAAUGUACAGCGCCACACUGGGUCUCGUGGACAUCGUCCGGGGAACCAACUCUUACUACAAACUGCAGCUGCUUGAAGACGACGUACAGAACAGGUACUGGGUGUUCCGCUCCUGGGGCAGAGUGGGCACCACCAUCGGCGGCAACAAGCUGGAUAAAUUUGCAGACAAGCACUCUGCCCAGAGCAACUUCCAGUCCGUAUACAGAGAAAAGACCGGCAACGAAUGGGGCUGCACUGACUUCACCAAAUGCCCUAAUAAGUUCUACCCGCUGGAGAUUGACUAUGGACAGGACGAAGAAGCUGUGAAGAGGCUGACGGCCACCGCUGGCACCAAGUCCAAACUGGACAAACCUCUCCAGGAUCUCAUCAAAAUGAUCUUUGAUGUGGAGAGCAUGAAGAAGGCCAUGGUUGAGUUUGAGAUUGACCUCCAGAAGAUGCCUCUGGGAAAACUGAGUAAAAGGCAAAUUCAGAGCGCCUAUGCUCUCCUCACUGACGUUCAGCAGGCUGUAUCAGAUCAUGCAUCCGAAGCCCAGAUCUUGGAUCUCUCCAAUCGCUUCUACACCCUGAUACCUCACGACUUUGGCAUGAAGAAACCCCCACUGCUCAACAACCUGGAAUUCAUUCAAGCUAAAGUUCAGAUGCUGGACAACCUGUUGGACAUUGAAGUGGCCUACAGUCUGCUAAGAGGAGGCGCGCAGGACGAUGAGAGCGAUCCAAUCGACAUCAAUUAUGAGAAACUCAAAACUAAGAUGGAGGUUGUGGACAAGUCCACAGAGGAGGCGGAGAUCAUUAUGCAAUAUGUGAAGAAUACCCACGCUGCCACGCACAACACCUAUACACUGGAAAUAGAAGAUAUUUUCAAAAUCAGUCGCGAGGGAGAGCGUCAGCGGUUCCGCCCCUUCGAGGAGCUGCACAAUCGCCAGCUGCUGUGGCACGGCUCGCGUACCACCAACUACGCUGGCAUCUUGUCUCAGGGUCUCCGCAUUGCCCCUCCAGAAGCGCCUGUGACUGGUUACAUGUUCGGCAAAGGUUUGUACUUUGCCGACAUGGUGUCCAAGAGUGCAAACUACUGUCACACAUCACAGUCCAACCCAGUGGGGCUUCUACUGUUGGCUGAAGUUGCUCUCGGCAACAUGCAUGAGCUGAAAAAGGCCUCUCAUAUCACUAAAUUACCAAAGGGCAAGCAUAGUGUUAAAGGUGUGGGUAGAACUGCUCCUGAAUCGAGCGCUACUACCACUUUGGACGGCGUACAUGUGCCUCUGGGAAAAGGAACCAACACCAACAUCGAUGACACAAGCCUACUGUACAACGAAUACAUUGUGUAUGACGUAGCCCAAGUCAACCUGAAGUAUCUCCUGAAGAUCAACUUUAAUUACAAAACUUCCCUGUGGUGAAAGCACCACUCGAGUUCCAUUCCCUGCCGCAAGACUAGCUCGGUGCUCAUUGUCACUUUAUUUUUCUUACUUGGUGUCCUAUUUUUCCAGCUAGCCACAUUUACUCUCAAUACUUUCCAGACUACAAAGUUUGUAGUUUUAGUUUGAAAAACGUGUCGAAUUUCCCCCCCAAUUGGAAUAGUGUUAACAUUUGACAUGUACAUAUUUGCAGUGUUUGUCUCCUCAGCUGUCUUCCCUUCACACAAAUUAAAACAUAUUUCUAAAAA